UUUGCGCGAAAUACAACUUCUGUGGAAAAUGGAGACAACUUUACGUGAUAAACAACCUAUUUUACAUCCUUACAAUAAGCUUCCUGAUUUAAAUUCAGCCGUUGUAAUGCUGAUUGGAUUCCAGUCUAUUAAGAAAAAAGAGCUAGCGGAAGCUAUGAUAGCACUCAACACUGACUUCUGUCUUCAAGUUCGUACAGCUACCCAGCUACCCCUGCCAUCCAUGAAUGAUGAGAAACGGCCAAAGAUUGACUUGAUCGUCUUCAUCUUCGAUAUCAAUAUCAACAUGAGCUUGAAGACUAUUGCCGAGUCUUUGCCACACGUAGACCCUACAUACUUCCUUGGGAGGGUUUGUUUCCUAGCCCUAAAUGCAUCCAGUGAUAGGACCCAGUGCGCUGAUUUAGGAGACAUCAUAGCUCUGUGUGAUUCCUACGAUUCACCAUUGAUCUGUGGGGAUCUAGAGACACAAGAACAGAGGGAGUCCCUGGCAAGGCGCAUCGUUGAGAUGACAGAGAUAGCUGCCGGAUUUAAGCAUGGUGUAAGCCCUCUCCUCGUCCAGUCCACAAGACGUUCAUAUCAGUUUGUUAAAAGCCUCUGAUAAUGUUCAACUGUCCAACGACUGCAGAACAACUGCUUUUGAACAUUCAAGAGUCGAUUCAGAAAUGUUCUCAGGCUCUGGGAAGGUGGUGCUGGUCUUAGAUUGCAGAGCAAACCUUUUGAAGAUUCAAGAAUCAGUUCAGAGGUGUCCUUGGCUGUUUGAGCCUCUAGCAAGGUUGAACUUUCCAAAGCUUGCAGAAUGAUUCCUUUUAUUUUAGUCAUCAAGACGAGAGGGUUAGUAACAUCCAGAAUGAUUCGGAUGAUGAUGAUUCAAGUUCAAGCCAAGGAGUGUUGGAUCUGGGCUCCAUUACACAAAGAUUAGCGAUCAAUCGCUAAAUGAACUGACCAGUCAUUAUCAACGUUACACGCACAUUAGGUUUAAAAUAUUGACCAGGGACCAAUCAGAACGUUUUUUUCAUAUUUGCAGUUCAUCGCAAACCUUUGUGUUACGGAGCCCUGGUGUCUAAAGACUGAAUAACGUGAGAUCUCCAACCUCCAGUCAAAAGUCUACUCUAACUCUCAACUGAAGGAUGUGAGAAUCAUGUCAUGUUAAAUUACUAACAUCCUUUGGCAUGGCAUUAACAUACUCCACCUUCAUAUAUAGGUGAGGUAACUGGAUUUAUUGACAUUCUUGCGUGGUAUGAUAUCAGCCAUGCUGUAGAAGAGGUAAUAUAGGGUUGCAUGAUGACAGUCCCUUGCAUUCCUUCAAAUUGUCAUUCUAAAUGAACAAUACCCUGUACAUUUUGUUAAUACUUAUUUCAUUGCUUGCAUGAUUGAUUUGUUAUAUACACUAUCUUGUAUUCUUAUCUCUGGUGUGAAUGCAGAGAUCAAGAAAGGAGAUAAAAGCAACGAACCAAUUACUAGUACAGGUUAGGCUGCAUGAGAUGAUCUUCCGUACUGAAUCAUCUAAAAACUCGAAACGUUCUUUCAGACCAGGAUAUGCAAAGCAUAUGUGGAUAGAAUAAUAAUUUCGCCUAAGUCGAACAGAUU